CCAGAUUCCAACGUUUAUGCUGUCAUUGUCUGUCCGCUAUCUUCUUUUAAUAUCCUCUCGUCCAGUUCUGAAAACACUAUACACACACUAUGGCUGCCGCUGCUGUGCGAGUGGGCAGGUCCUGUCUCUAUCGCCGGUCGAUAUUAUCUCCUCAUGCCAGACAGCUUUUGUCUGAACCGUUCCCUUCUCGGCCGCUGCCAUUCAGGCCACUCCAUGCCCGCCUACCAUCACAACAACGGCGGACCUUUUCGAACAGCAGGAGGCUAUGGGAAGAGGAGAAGAAGAAAAGAGACAACGAGAGCUUUCCGUCCCGGCUGGGGAAGGCAUGGCGGUCAACGCGCAUAGAAUGGAAGCCCAUACCCAUUGGCUUGGGGAUCGCUUUUCUGGGAUUGUUUCAGUUCAUACGCAUUCGCCAGCGCCAGCGAGAAGGCGCUGCUCAGGAAACGGAGCCCGCUCCUCCAAAGAGAAAGAGAAUUCAUCCGACGGGGGGCGGCUUGCAGGUCCAGAUCAUGUCCACCCUUCCCUUGAAGGCCAUCUCUCGAGUCUGGGGCCGCUUCAACGAGCUCACCAUCCCCUAUUACCUCCGCGUCCCCGGUUUCAAACUCUACGGCUGGAUCUUUGGGGUCAAUUUCGACGAGAUAGCUGAACCUGACCUCCACGUCUACCCAAACCUAUCUGCUUUCUUCUACCGCGAGAUUAAACCCGGAGUCCGGCCCCUUGACCCCGAUCCAAACGCGGUACUCUCUCCCGCUGAUGCCAGAGUCCUUCAGUUCGGCACGAUAGAGAACGGCGAAGUCGAGCAAGUCAAGGGAAUGACAUAUUCUGUUGACGCCCUGCUUGGGAGAAUUGCGCCCCCUUCUCCCAACCCACGAAUCUCCGCGCAACCAGAAGAUCAGGCGACGCAAUCAGUCUCACCAGAUAGCCCGGACGCAAAAUCCAUAUCGGCGGAUGAAGAAUUCGCCAACGUCAACGGCAUUUCGUACACCCUUCCCAACCUUUUCUCAGGCUCGCAGUCUUCUUCAAAUCCCAUCAAAGCUCAAGAUGCAUCCAUGCCCUCUGCUCCCUCAUCCGAAGCGGCCGUGUCGGCCGACCUGGCAAGCACACAGCCCUGGUGGUCAAUCUUUUCCCAACCGACGAGGUCCUCGAACCUGUACUACGCCGUCGUCUACCUCGCGCCCGGCGACUACCACCGUUUUCACUCACCCGUCAGCUGGGUGUGCACGGCUCGUCGCCACUUCGCUGGGGAACUAUAUUCCGUCAGUCCCUACGUUCAACGCACGCUCCCGGGACUGUUCACCCUGAACGAGCGCGUCGUGCUCUUGGGGAGAUGGAAGUACGGCUUCUUCUCCUACGUCCCCGUCGGCGCCACGAACGUCGGCUCCAUCGUGAUCAACUUCGACAAGGAACUGCGUACCAACUCGCUCACCACGGACACCGAGGCCGACAGACAAGCCGCCGCCGCCGCGGACCGAGGCGAGCCGUACUCCGGCUUCAGCGAGGCCACGUACGAGAGAGCGAGCAAAGUGCUAGGCGGCCAUGCCCUGCGCCGGGGUGAAGAGAUGGGCGGGUUCAGACUGGGGAGCAGCGUCGUCCUCGUCUUCGAGGCGCCCGCGGGCACGGAGUCGAAGCCCGGCUUCAAAUGGGCCGUCGAGAAGGGACAGAAGGUGAAGAUGGGCCAGGCUCUGGGAUAUGUCGUCGACGAGGAGUAGCGAUGUGGGAUGCCAGUGGUCACCGGUCUGUCAUCCAUCAAUCUGAGCGUGAUGGUAACGAAUGUCUCUCUCUCCAUGCUUUCAGCAGUAUAUGUACGAUACAUAUAGCGUCGCCCCGAUACAUACCUCCAUUUUCAUUGUAUAAUGUCGAUACUAGCUUUUGCUCCCGGCCCUGGACGAUAACAACUCCUCAAAACUGUGCCUUUGUAUCUGACGUACGGCGCAGGUACAUUUGUGUCUGCGCCCAUGUAAAAGACGGCGUGUUUUUCACCAAUCUCGCU